AGUUUACUCCGAGGUAGUUUAUUUAUUUAUUUAUUAAGUCACGGGACCUGCGGCGAGCGCAAGCGCGUGCGGCUUACUUGAUGAUUAGGCUGCCCUGCGUCUCGUUAAAUGAAAAGAGUACCGCAAUCACGAAAGAAAUUGAAAUUAAAUGCCUGAUUGGCAUGUAUCAAUGUCCUUGUCCCUUGAGUUGGGCGAUGCGAGUGAUUAAAUAAAUUAAGUAAUACAUCGGUGGGAGGCAGAAUCAGCCCAUUGCAACUUAAAUGCUCAUUUCCUGCAUUGGGUCGAUGUCGCGUCACACAACGUAAGUACGUACAUACGUACAGUUAGCUCUCCUCCUGUGCUCUGCUUUAAAGCUCGGCAGCUGACUGAUAGUCUAGUGAAACAUAGAGCGAAGUGGGCUGCUACUGCUGCUGCUGCUGCCUAGGCUCAUUCGAUCCACCGCGCGUUUGACGGAUCUCUCCGAUCAGUAAAAAAAGUGUCGUCGACGCUUGUCAGCAGGAAUAUGAGCAUGGAGGAUCAGGAGCGGAGCGUACGGCUGGGCCUGGACACGAUCCGCAAGCUGAUCGCGGCGGAAGAGCCGGACGUAGAGAUCCUGAGCAUGGACGAGGCACUGGGCUCGGGUCGUGGCGACAACUACACCUCGAUGCUCUACCGACUGAGCGUAAAGGGGCGCAAACGCGGACCAGCCGGCGAGGAGCAGCCCUGGGAACGGUCCAUCAUCUACAAGGUGCUACCUGAAUCGCAAGAACGUCGCGACGCGUUCAAGAGCGAGCUGCUUUUCAGGAAUGAAGUGGUCUUUUACACCAAGGUCUGGCCGGCUCUCAUGGAGCUGCAGACCGAGGGUAAAGUCGUGUUCAACGGGGUGGCCAAGAUAUACAUCGCCAGAGAUGACCUGAUAGCGAUGGAGGACCUCAGAGCCAAGGGAUUCAAAAUGGCAGAUAGGAGGAAGGGCUUGCAAGUCGACAAGCUCAAGCACGUGCUCAAGGCGCUUGCCGGCUUUCACGCUCUUAGCCUUACGCUCAAGGAUCUGAGACCGGAAGUAUUCGCGAGGCUGUCGAACCCAGAGAACGCCAAGGCGGGCGAGGCUGUUCAAGAGACGCUGUUCCGAAUGGAGAACGUCGAGUGGUACCGCCAGUACUAUCGGACCGCAACGAGCAACGCCUUCAAGAUGGUCUCAGAGGGUCUGCCCGAGUCGCUCGAGCCCCGUCGCGAUGAGAUCCUCGGCAAAUUCCGGGACUUCCUCAAGGAGGACACUUUUUUUUCCACUAUGUGCAAGCUCACCGCUGCCCAGGGUCCUCUGACCGUAGUUUGCCACGGAGACUGUUGGACUAACAACUUUUUGUUCAAGGAGAAGAACGAUCCUGACUCCGAGGCCGUUUGUUUGGUUGACUUUCAACUGGUCCGCGUUGGCUCGCUGGCCCUCGACCUGGCGUACAUUUUCUACUGCUGCACAAGUGGAGAACUAAGAAAAGUCUACAUGACUCAAUUACUUCAGCACUACCAUCGUCACCUCAUGUCCGCGCUGUACACUCUGAACCCAGCAGCCGAAUCGACGAAGGAUCCAGCUACUAUGUGGAAUUUAUUGACCGAGGAGAUGCAUCGAUGCAGUCUAUUUGGACUCGGCUCAGCACUGGACAUGCUGCCGAUAAGCACGUGCACGAGUGACCAGGCCCCCGACGUCUACGAGGGCAAGGAAGCCAGCGAGAGGAUGUUGGCACCGCCACCGGCUGGGGCUGAGUGCACCCGUCUUAUGACAGACCUUGUCGUCGAACUUGUUAACAAUAGAGCGAUUUAGUCAAUGGACAUCAAUACAUCGAUGGCGAUGUUGUGUAUCAUAGUAAUAGUUAUUCGCUCUCUGUCACUUCGGCGGGCAUUUUCACUUAGCGUUUGUAUCAGUUCCAAUGACACUUUUAAGUGCCAAAUUGAGAAGUUAGAUUCUUGCCGAAUGCCGAGCGGAAAUGCCCUUAUUUAACCCCUUAACUUCCACAUCAUUGCAUCGCGCGUAGACAAAUACGUUUACACUACACUACUUUGUAUAUUUAUAUAUUUUAUAAAUAUCGAUGACUGUUGACGAGCCGAGCGAUUUCUAUCGUGUGGAAGGUGCAUUUUUAGACUGAAAGCACAAUGUUUGCCCUAAAAUUCGUUAUCUCUAGACUUAUGAUGAUAGAUUUGUUGAAAUAUAUAUAUGAAGCAUGUCCCAUAACGCAUAGAAGUAUUCACGCGAGUAAAUUAAAAGAAGCAGUAUGCCUGCUACUCAUUAAAGGCAACGAUGAAAGAAAAUUAUACUAAAUAGAUCUUGUGAUUAAUGAAAUAUUUUGAGAUCUACAACAAAUCAAAAUCCAAGCACAAUUAAUUACAAAAUACUAAUUUAAUCUACAAUCUACCGCACAUAUUCAGUAUCAAUGCACAAAGUAUAUAUAAGAUAGAUUAGUUUAUACUGUACAGAUAUUAUCUAUAACUGAAAACAAUAUUUUUUGUAACAAAAAAAUUAUUUUGAUAUUCUGUCACAUUGUCUGCAUCAAGAGUUAAGGGGUUAAUACAAUGUCUUCUGGUAAGGGGUCUAAGCGCGUCGUUAAAUGACUUGUCACAUUUGUAUACUUUUGUCAAUAGUAUAUUAUAUAGGAUCGUUAGGUCGAUUACAGUUAAUUACUUAUACUGCAAAAUACAAAACCCACGAACAUAAAAA